CGCAAAAGCUAGAGCCAACCUUGUAUAUUCUUAGACAUGGCGGGAAUAUUAAUAUUCUCGGUUUUGCUGUCAAUUGCAACUUUAUUGGUGACCGUUUUUGCUACUCCUGAUGGCCAUCCUUUUACACCUCGAGAGCGGACACCUAGUUCGGGAAAGUAUAGAUCUGAGCAUAGAAUUGAUUGCGAAUAUAAAUGCGAAUUACCAGGAAAAUAUCCAUUUUGUGGUAAAAAUGGUUGUCAAUAUACUGGUCUCAUGGAACAAGAAUGCCUCAUCAAAAACUGUGGAUUUAAAGUUGAAAAGGAUUAUGACGGAAAUUGCAAGAAGCCUGCACCUGUAGAUGUCGUCUGUCCAAUACGGUCGAAAGGAAGAAAGCACCCGGGACGACCCAAGAAGCCUCCUCUUCCAAACCAUUGA